GCCCGGCUUCUGCAGAAACAGGAAAAGGCGGCCAGAAUCGCCGCAAAAUGGUUUUGCUUUUGCUUCUCCGCUCUUCGCCCUGGGGCGCCGCAGUACCUGCAGAUCCUGAUCGGGGACAGGAGGAGGAGGGAAGUUUAUCUCAUCGGAGACAGUUGGCACCACAGUAGCUGCAGGAUGGGAAACACAGACACAAAACCGCUGACUUCAUCCCCAAUCCCUUCAAAGAAGCCCCCAGGAGGCAUGAUCCAUGACCUACAAGAGGACAUCCUAUGCUCCAUCUGCUGGGAAAUUUUGGAGGACCCAGUCUCCAUUGACUGUGGGCACAAUUUCUGCAGGGUCUGCCUCUCUGCCCACUGGAAUGGGCUCUCACCCCAUGGGUAUCGCUGCCCUGAAUGCCGCUCGCCCUGCAGCCGUGAGAGGAUGAAGCUAGACACUCGGUUGCGAAACCUGGUGGAAAAAAUCAGACAGAUGCCUCUGCUGGAGAUGGAAAGAGAACCGGAGGAGCCAGCAGCUACACUGCAGUCAGCAGGGCAAGCGGUGCAGCUGGUGGGCUUGGAUGAUGAAGGGAAUCUGUGUCUGGAUGAGGAGGCCCUGAGCAGCUGCUUGGAGCAGGGAGAAGUGAAGGACGCUCCUGUCUGCUUGGUCUCCAUCUUUGGGGAGCAACGCUGUGGCAAAUCCUUCCUGCAGAACUUCCUCCUGCGGAGGCUUCAAAACUUGGGAGCAGAGGAAGCAACAUGGAUGGGCCAGGAAGAUGAACCACUGACAGGAUUUGAGUGGCGACCUGGGCCUAACAGCACCACCAAAGGGGUGUGGUUGUGGAGUCAGCCAUUUUGGAUUACCAGUGAACAAGGGAAGGUAGCCAUUUUCUUGAUUGACACUGAGGGUUCUCUGGAUCUGGAGAGGAGCAAGGAAGCUAGCACUAAACUCUCUGCCUUCUCCAUGCUGCUCAGCUCCUAUCAGAUACUCAAUGUGUGCAACAAGAUGAAUGACACGGAUCUGGAAUACUUGGAAAUGUUUGUGUAUGCAGCUGAGAUGGUGGGGAUAGCCUGCGGCUUGAAGCCCUUUCAGCAACUCGACAUCUUGGUGCGUGACUGGUUUUUCCCACCUGUUUAUGGACUCCAGGCAGGCCAGGAAUACCUCCAUGCAGCCAUACAGAGGCUGGAGUCUAAUCCUUGCAGGCACCCCCGAGCACUGGAGACCCUCAAAAGCAGCAGCACUCGCUGUUACUUGAUGCCCUUCCCAGGCAAGAAGCUGUUGAUGGGAACUGAGGGUACCCUGGCAGACAUGGAUGAUGAUUUUCGGGAAUGUUUGAAGGAAUAUGUAAGUGGCUUAGCCAGUUCAGCUGGUACCUAUUUAAAGAGAGACCAGAAGGGGGAGGCUCUCACUGGAGCCCGACUUGCAGCCAAGAUAAAGUGUCUCUCACUUCUCCUGAAGAAACGUCGAUUUGGCUUAGCUCCAGCUGUGCAGAUGGCCAUCACCUUAACCAACCUGGAAACCAAAGACACCCUGCAGAGGGAAUUUGCAGAGUUCAUCAGACAACAGAGUAGUUUCCUAACAACUGGGUGAAGAGCAGCAAAUUCUGCU